AUUUAUGCAUACCUACAUAUACCCAUAGAUGUCCCCAUACAUGGUUUGUAUGCACAUAUAGAUGUUUAUGUACCCAUAUAUCCCUAUGUCUCUGUAUACAUUUGUUUGGUGUAUAUACAGGCACGGAUGUAUGUCUGUUUUGCACGUACACACACGUAUAUAUUCUAUAUCAAGAUGUAUUUCUCUACGUGCACCCCUUUGUGUAUGUCUUGCGUCCAGGCAGAAAGCGUGCUCAAGAAAAUCGUUCGCAAAAUCGGCCAAGAAUGUGCCGCCCGGGGACAAACCGUUUCUGAAACCUUGGUGGUGUUCAUGGUGAAAGCUGUUGUUUUAGAUCCAAGAAAUGACUUUAAUGUGGAUCAAACCCUUACAAAAAAAGAUGUGCAAAAUCUUAUCCAGCUCUGUGUUACCAGACUGCUUGACACAACAAACCCAUCCCUGAGCACAAUUAAGAUGCAAGUUUACUUUGAUAUGAACUAUGCAAAUCGAGCUGAAUUACUCAGUGAGCAGCACCGUGUUCUGGAGGGAAGGCUGGCUCCUGUAGUCAGAGAUAUCACAGAGAGUCGCCCUCGUGUACAAGAAAUAGAGAGUGUGUAUCAAACGAUCGUUAGCUAUGUGCUGCUGAGCUCCGGCCUGGGAUCCCCAACAGAUAUUGAAGUUGUCAGGGAGGUAACAGCUGGCCUGCAAAGUGUGUUCCCCCAGAGAGAGAUGAUUACUUUCAUCUCACUCAGUAAGAAGAACAAAGAACAACAGCUGAAAAAUCUUGCCAAGCUAGUCACAGGAAUUCGUUUGUACAACAAGGAAUGCGGGAAAGGAGGAAGCAGCAUUGAUGACUUGCCAGCCAUUCUGAAUGAAUCCAUUCCAUCAGCUACGCAGACUGUUGAUGAAAGACUUAAUACUUGCCAUAGGCUUGCCCACCAGUACACAGCUCUGUUGGAAUCCAUGCAGGAAGACCAACACAGAUAUGCACAGCUUAGUUCUUUUAAAUUAAAAGAAGCACUGUUCAAUGUGAGACAAUACGAGGCCUUCCUUUGCAUCCUUCUGUCUGAUGCAAUUACAAGUGCUCAAGAAGUGGAAAACAUGAAUGUGCAGUUUGCAGCAACAAUGGAGCAGUUGAAAAACACAGUGCAGAAUAAGGUUUCCAUAGAUACCAAAGACGUUUUUCCUCUCUUUGUUGCACUUUCUAACCUCUGGAGUGGCUUUCAGAAUGAGAUACUACUGCUAAGCUUCCUCACAAAUAUGACUAACAAUCUGCAACAGUUCUCGGAAAUCCAAUCACAGCUUUUUCCUGAGGAAGUGCUAACAUCUCUUCUGGAAGGAGUGACUGUGAAAAGCGACGAGGAAAGGAUAAGAGAAACCAUGGGAACCAGAGUGAAUGUUUCUGAUUUCAAGAACCAAGAAUGGCUUUUUCCAGAAACUACUGAUAAUUUUGAUCAGUUGCUAAUCCAGUACCAUGGUUUCUGUGCACAUGCGAUUGGUGUGAAAGGCCUAACCCUCCCAGGAAAUCCUGCUAUUGGAAUUUUAAAGCACAAGGAGAGAUGUUAUGUUUUCAGUUCCAAAGAAGCUGCAUACGUCUUUGCUCAAGAUCCAGAUAAGUUCAUUCAACUGAACGUAGAAAAAGCAAAAGAACAUGCAGAGCUAAUUCUGCUGCUUGAGCUUUAUCAUCAGUUUGAAUACCUUGCUCUGCAUAAACAGGCCAGAAAUGCAGGCAAAUAUUUGAUGAAACCAACCACAAAAUGUGACAGUAGUACUCAAACUGAUACUCAUAUCUUGCCUCCAACAAUUGUGACAUCCUAUGAAUGGAAUGAAUGGGAACUGAGAAGAAAAGCUAUAAAACUGGCCAAUUUGCGCCGCAAAUUAACUCAUGCCAUGCAGACUGAUCUCAGCCAUAUGAGAAGAGAGAACUCCACCCAAGUGUACUUGCCAAAAGAUGUCAGCACCCAGACGAAGCGUGACAGCUCAAGCAAUGUGCCCAGACCACAGGUUUUCUUGGAAGGUCUCCGAGGAGGAUCAUCACCUACUACUCAUAUGGUCAAAGUGGACUUAACAAGACCAGCAGAUGAAAACUAAGCAAAAAUGAGAAACCUAAAGAUAUGUAUUGAAUGUGUAUAUAAAAAUCCCUGCAUAUAUCUGAAUUAAGAUACAAAAGAUUUUACUAUGUCUGUUGAUUCCAGGAGCAGUUGAUUUCUUUCAUUUAUCUUAUCUGUUAGGGCUGAUGACAAUUUAGAAUCAAGUGCAACUUAGAAUCAAGAUGUUCCCAAAGACUUUAACUUAAACUAACAUUUAAAUGUAAAGUGUGUGUUCUGGGGUUUUCUUGAAGUUUUAAUACAACGAUUGCUUGCUGAAACACCGUCCUUAAGAGCCACGUCUUUGGUACACGGAAAGGAUGAUGUAAGAUAAAUAGCUUUUUUAAGAUACGGGGCCGACACUGCAGCUCCUACAGAGGCGUAAUUCCCAUUGGUGUGAAAUAAAACUGACCCCAAGGGGGAGUCACAGGAAUGUCACAGCUCCACCCUUUAGAGCAGAAUCGUCAAGAAGGUCAAACCAGCAAAAUGAAAUCCAUCGAGGUCCUUGGGCCUGUCCAUCCGUGCUGUCUCUGCAGGGUAACAGGCGUCAGGGUAAUAAGCGUAGGCCAAGGCAGGGAGCUCGAGAGGAGGGAAUCCGUCUCGGGUGGCUCUGGCAGCCUUUUAGGUCUCCAGUAAUUUCUGUAUUCAUUGGCUAACCAGCAUGCUGGUGGGAACACUGGAAACCACCGGAACUUGACAUUGGGCCACCUUUUUGACAGCUCUGUUUCACUUGUGUUUGAAAAACUAAAGCACAACAGGAAAAGGUCUUUAGCUUUAUUUCAUUGUGGCAGGGAAAUAUGUGCCAGCUCUGAUAACACAACCUGAACCAUUUGAGCUUUAAGAUGAAAGUUCUUCCCAAAGUAGGGAGUACUUUAAACAGAGAUACUUUCAAAACAACAAAGAGCUCCACAACUUAUUAUCUGCAGAACGUCCAGGUGUAAACUGUGAUUGCACAGGGUGUGCUACGCUUUCUAAGUCUCUUUCUUUGGCCAGGUGCAGCGUGGUGCAUCGUGGUUUCCUGGGUCAUUGUUACACAAACUUGUGAUGACGAAGCUUGAAGAUUCAAGCUGCUGGGUGAUUUUUCUGCAGCGUUGUGUGAGGUAGCAUUCUCUUUCCGUUUCGCUGUCUCCAAGGCUCCACUUUUUAUUUAAAGUUAUACAACUGGGACAAAUCCACAAGGCGUUACACAAUAAAAGGACCAGGAGAGGAGCACAGCAAAACGUUAGCUAAAGUAGUUUCCAGCAGGUGAUUUUCUGUUUUGUAAAAAACUAAUCAGUGGCAGCCAGAUGUGCCACUCCUCCAUGUUUUUCAAUGAUGAGCUGGCACCGAUUUUUAGAUUUAUUAAUAAAAAACCGCUGUUACCAGCUGCAGCGUUUUUUGUUCAGAGAAAACACCCUGUUGGUGCUUAAUGAAAUACUUUCUGUUGCUGUCAUCUCCAUGUAU